CAGGACAGGUUUAAGCUUUAGGACGCAUUGGAUUUUAUCCUGUACCUGGACCGCCCGUCGCUUACAGUGGCAACCUGAUCCGCAGAACCUCGUCGUCGAGUGAAUCGUUCGCAGUGUGCCAAACUCAACCCAGUGGUGGAAUCGAUAAAAAUGGUGUCGGAACUGAAAGUGCUUUCGCCGAACGUGCGCUACAGCGAUGAGCACAUCGAAGUGGACUAUCGGUAUCAAACGACCACGGUGGUUAGCGGCGGAGCGUCGGGAUACACGGUGAAACCCGAGACGACCGAGUUGAAUAUUCGCACGGAACGACACGUCCCGCGCCUCGGCCUGAUGCUGGUCGGCUGGGGUGGCAACAAUGGGUCGACACUGACGGCGGCACUCGAGGCGAACAAGCGGUCCCUCGAGUGGCGCACCCGCCAGGGAGUGCAGCAGGCCAACUGGUACGGUUCGAUCACCCAGUCGUCCACGGUUCUGCUCGGGUCGGAUGCCUCCGGUCAGGAUGUGUACAUCCCGAUGAACCGGAUGGUGCCGAUGGUGGACCCGAACGAUAUCGUCGUGGACGGGUGGGACAUUAGCUCGAUGAACAUUGGCGAGGCGAUGCGGCGGGCCCAGGUGCUCGAGGUGGGCCUGCAGGAUCAGGUGUACAAGCGGCUGUCGCAGCUGCGGCCGCGCCCCUCGAUCUACGAUCCUGACUUUAUCGCCGCCAACCAGGCGGAACGGGCCGAUAACACGAUCGGCGGUACGCGAUAUGAGCAGUAUCAGCAGAUCGUGCGGGAUAUUCGCGAUUUCCGGCAACAGUCGGGCGUCGAAAAGGUGGUCAUUCUUUGGACGGCCAACACGGAGCGCUUUGCUGAGGUGCGUGUCGGUCUCAACACGACGAUGGCCGAUUUGGAGCGCUCGCUGAAGCAAAACAACGCCGAGAUCUCGCCGUCGACGAUCUUCGCCAUGGCGGCCAUUGCCGAGCAGUGUAUCUACAUCAACGGAUCGCCCCAGAACACGUUCGUGCCGGGGGUGAUCGAAAUGGCGGAACACCAUGGGGCGUUCAUUGCGGGCGAUGACUUCAAGUCCGGCCAAACGAAGCUCAAGUCCGUUCUGGUCGACUUCCUGGUGUCGGCCGGCAUUAAGCCCGUCUCGAUCGUCAGUUACAACCAUCUGGGCAACAACGAUGGCAAGAAUCUCUCGGCCCCGCAGCAGUUCCGUUCGAAGGAGAUUUCCAAGUCCAACGUGGUGGAUGAUAUGGUCGCGUCCAACCACAUCUUGUAUGGACCGCACGAGCAUCCCGAUCACUGCGUGGUGAUCAAGUACGUCCCGUACGUAGGCGACAGCAAGCGGGCGAUGGACGAGUACACGAGCCAGAUCAUGCUCGGCGGACACAACACGCUAGUGAUACACAACACGUGCGAGGAUUCGCUGCUGGCCACCCCGCUCAUCCUCGAUCUGGCCAUCCUUGGUGAGCUGUGCUCGAGGAUUCAGAUUCGGCGCAGCGGCGCCAGCGAAUUCGUCCCGUUUCGAUCCGUACUGUCGCUGCUAAGCUACCUGUGUAAGGCCCCGUUGGUUCCCCAGGGUACACCGGUGGUAAACUCGCUGUUCCGUCAGCGGACGGCCAUCGAGAACAUUAUGCGUGCCUGCGUUGGACUACCGCCCCUCAGCCACAUGACGCUGGAGCAUCGGUUCGAUCUGGCCGUCGGAGAAAAUCCGUCACCCGCGAAGAAGUCGCAGGCGACGAACUCCAAAAAGGCACGCAUCAACGGGGCACCAGUCGCCAAUGGGAACUGUAACGGGGUCCACGACAGCAAUGGUGACGCGCACCCUUCAGAGGAACUGGUCAGCCAUUAAUCGGAGACUGAUCGCCGAUCGGCGGCGAUUUCCGUUGAAGUACAUGUUUUCUGUCUUUCAUAAGUUACAGCAGAAUGGCGGACAAAACAAUUCUAUACACGAUUUGCUGUAGAACAUAAGUGUGUUUUGUGCAUCGUUCGGCUCCCUCCUACCCCCAUUUUUCCUUACCGGCCAUGCCAGUCGACUUCAAAUUUUCCGUGUUGCCACUCCAACGGAACGUUGCUACCACGAGUAGCCGAUCUUCGUUAGCCGUCGCCGGUAACACUCCCGCGUUGUAUCCCGGCCAUCUUAGGUGUAAGAAAAUCGAAAGCAGCUACUGUG